AUGGCCGACGAGGCGAACACGCCCCUGCUGGACAGGGACGCCAAACCCGUCUCUCCUCAUCAUCAUUAUAACAGUUCAUUUCACUUAUCUUCCGAAUCCACGCCACUUCUAAACCGUCGCGACGAUGGCUUGGUGGACUAUGGAGCCAGAUCGGGAUCCCCUGCCUUCGGUGUGCGGUCCGACGACCACGACGAUAACGACCACGACAAUGAGGAGGAGGAGGAGGGCCGCAAGAAACCACAGAGUCGGGCGCGACUGGUAUCUCUCUCAGUGCUGAUAAUUUCCGUGCUGGUUAUUCUUGUGUUGGCGUUUGCCACACCUGCCGUGGUGAAGGAGUAUGCGCAGCAGGCAGCCGUCUUCCAGCCGACCACGGUCUCUCUGGAUUCGCCUACAGAGAAAGGUGCGCGGGUGAGAGUGCAGGGGGACUUUGUUCUCGACUCUAGCCGUGUGCACAAGUCAGCGGUCCGGAAUAUUGGCCGCUUUGCAACAUGGAUCGCGAGAGAGGUUCAGACCGGACAAUCAGAUGUUAAAGUCUAUCUGCCCCAGUAUGGAGGUCUCUUUUUGGGCACCGCCUCGCUGCCUUCGAUCACAUUCAAUAUUCGAGACCACCAUGUCAACCAUAAAGACUUUCUAGUGGAUCUCACAGCUGGCGAUUUGCAAGGCCUUCGGCCCCUGGCCGACGACUGGCUGCAGGGCAGGUUAGGCCAUCUCUCUAUUCAAGGAAUUGCCAAUGUGCCUCUCCGAUCAGGCCUGCUGAAUAUCGGGACACAAAUUCUCUCGGACACCGUUACUAUCAAAGGGGAUGCAUUGCCCUCUUUCCCGCAGAUUGAUAUCAAAAAGUUGGCCGUUCAUGAUACAAACUCGACAGAAAAAACCGGGGCUAUGGCAGUGGACGUUUCUCUUGACGCAUUGAUCGAUUUGCCUGUGUCAAUCACAGUUCCUCCGCUGGCCUUUACCGUUCUUGUCCCCAACUGCUCGCCAGGUGAUCCAUAUAUUGUAGUAGCAGAUGCGGAUACUGCAGAAAUACAUGUGAAGCCAGGAGCGCCCACAAAUGUCGAUGCCACAGGCAUCAUUGAGCGACUACCUGAGGAGCUGACUACUGCCUGCCCGGGAAAGAAAGAUUCUCCUCUCGAUCUUCUCGUAACAAAUUACAUGCAAGGUUUGGAGAACACUAUCUAUGUCCGUGGAGCCGAUUCCUCUUCUCUUGAUACUCCAGAUUGGAUGGUCGAUCUACUCAAGGACGUGACGGUCCCAGUCCCGUUUACUGGGCAUGCUCUUGGUAACUUGGUCAAGAAUUUCUCCAUGUCGGAUGUUCAUUUCUCUCUUCCGGACCCCUUUGCGGAGCCAGAAAGCCCUGAAUCACAGCCAAGGGUCUCUGCCUUGGUUAAGGUCCUCAUCGAUCUUCCCGAGCAAAUGAAUUUCCAAGUCGAUGUCCCCCGGGUCCGCGCCAACGCUGAUGUGUUUUACCUUGGAGACAAACUGGGUGAACUUGACCUACACAAGUGGCACCAGGCCAAUUCAACUCUCACUGACGACACAGAUGGGUCUCCGGUGUUGUUCGUUGAGUUCCAGGUGGAUGAGGCCCCUCUCCGAGUGACUGACGAAGAUGUUUUCACGGACGUCAUACAAGCUCUGGUCUUUGGACAGGAUUCGGUAGAGCUUCAUGUCACUGCGGCCGUGGAUGCUGAGGUGACCACUGGCUUAGGACUGUUCGCCAUUCACGGCAUCCCAGCCGAAGGCGAUGUGGCCGUCAAGGCUCCUUAUGGCGGUGCAAUCGAUCAGCUGGAUCCUCGGAUUGAGUCGAUAGAACUUGACUCCUCAAGUCAAUCGUCACUUCUGGUAAAAGCUCAUGUGAAUUUUACCAAUCCUACACCAUAUUCGGCGACGGUGCCCGUAACCGACUUCGCCCUGCUAUAUAACGGAACGAUUGUCGGCCACUUGAGAGCAGCGAACAUCUCUGUAAUUCCCGGGUUGAACUCCGGAAUGCCAGUGUCCUUGCUUUGGUGCCCGUUAGAUGCGAGUGGACAAGAGGGAGUGGUUGCAGGUCGCAAAAUGCUCUCGCAGUACGUCUCUGGCUUCAAUACGACCGUGACUGUCCAAAGUCACAAGGGAACUUUUCCGAAUCUCCCCCGGCUCGGCAAGGCCAUGUCGAAGCUGGCCAUCCAUCUUCAAAUCCCCAAACUUUUUACACCCGGUGAUGGCGGCGAUGACGAUAACGGCGAUACCGAAGAUGGGGCUUCUCGUUUCAUUAAAGAUGCGACGCUCCAUUUAUUUUCAUCCACUGCCGACUUUUCGCUUGCUUCUCCGUUACCCAAAACGUCCAUCUUCAUAACCUCAAUCAACGCAACAGCAUUCUACGACACAACUGAACCUAUCGGAGCAAUCAACUAUAGCAUUCCUUUCGAGGUUCCCCCUGGAAUCUCGCAGACACCACGAAUCCCAGUUGAUUUAUACUUGGGUGGUAUCGGCUAUGAUGCAGUCAAGCGUGCCAUUGGAGGAACACUUAAAAUGGACGCUAUUGCAGACGUUGGGGUUCGCAUCGGCGAGUAUCUCGACACCAUCACAUAUAAAGGCAAAGGGAUUGGCGCCAAAGUUCGCUUCUAA